AUGACUGACCGUGCCGACGUAGGCUUCAGUAGAACAUACUAUAUCACCCACGUCACGCGUGGGGUAUGUCGGAUGAAUCACAUGAAAGUGUAGAUGCCUCUCCUCCACAUCUCAAAGGAUUCUCCACUCUGGAUGAGCUAGCACAUGGUCUGCUUUUGCCUUGUUGUGUCAUUCACUUUCAAUUAUAAGGUGUGUAUGUGUGUGUGUGUGUACACGUUUUACUAUACUUGUACCAGAAGUCCUCACAAGAAUAGUAAACCAACAUACAUUUUGAGAAGUGAGGACAUUUUGCCGGUCCUCACUUAGGGGUUAAGGAUUAGGUUUAGGGUUAGGGAAAAUAGGACUUUGAAUGGGAAUCAAUUGUUUGUCCCCCCAAAAGUCCUGACUGGUGUAGUAAGACAUAGGGUGUGUGUGUGUGUGUGUGUGUGUGUGUGUGUGUGUGUGUGUGUGUGUGUGUGUGUGUGUGUGUGUGUGUGUGUGUGUGUGUGUGUGUGUGUGUGUGUGUGUGUGUGAUUAAAAACUGAUCCAAUGAUUAAACAUUUGAUGAUUUAGUACUGUUUUUUGACAAUUGGAUUUUUACAACUGUUAAGAUCUUUACAAUUGUAAAGCUGUUGUGAUUUCAUUCAAUAUUCCAUGUUUAAUGUGGUUAGUGGUUAUUUUGAUGGUACCUUCGUGGGAGACUAAAGUGAAGUAAGUAAUUAUUAACCUCAGAUGUGUGGUUUCUAUUCAGCAGUGCUCGUCUGAAUUUAAGUUCCACAGCAGUGAGUCUUGACACGUGAGCAUUGAACCAGUGAAGGUGCAGCUCAUCUUCUACACGAUUAGAUAAAAACCGCGAAGACUGAACUCAAGGAUUUGAGGAUUUAUGAAAAAAAUGGUGUCAUGCACGGGCUAGAGAGAGAGGAUUUGAGCUGGGUCACAAACUGUCCAGGGAUUUUAUAUGCUGGAGGACUUGGCAAAUACAGUAUAUGGUCUGCAUUCUGUAGGUUAUGUUGGUGAAACCAUAAUUAGGAGAGGGAGUACAAACCAUCGACGCUAGACAGAGAGGAAUUUGCUUAAGCAAAAGGCAGUUUAUUAAAACAGAGAUAGCUGGUACUGCUCAAGCUACAUGCAUGGGAUCCUGCUAAUUAACAUGCAUGGACCUAAUCAUAUAGCACUCUAUUAGUGUCAGCUGAGAAGGAUGGAUAAACAGAGUUUACAGCAUUACUUAUACAAUGUAACAUAAAGGAAGGGGUCCUUCUUCUAGUCCCUUGAUUGGUUCCCGAGGCGUAGGAGGCGGGUCUGCUCUGUCCAGAGCAGAUGCCCCAUUGGUGCACGGCAGAGUCCUCUGCCCUUGGCACCCGACCAGUAGACAGGGGAGUUGAGAAUGAGUGUGCGUCCACAGUGAGAUGUGUGUGUGUGUGUGUGUGUGUGUGUGUGUCUCAAGGGAAACUCGUGGGGAGCAACAAGUGAUUGUGGCCUGUGGCGUGGGUGUUGUCCUUGGCCACCUGGUGACAAGAUAUGGUCCUCUGUCCAUUGUUCGCUACUAAAAUGUUAUGCACAGACAACUAACACAACAGUAUCAGACACAUGACACAGAACAGUACGCUGUUAGUAUCAGACACAUGACACACUCCUGUAACAGCAUUUAUAAGACCAUUUUACACAACAUAUUACUCAGAUCAAUCUAUAACAUUUUAUAUUUACUACGACAGUUACCAGCUACAUAACGGUUUUACGCCCAAUGGUGAUUCUCAUGCUUGGAAAGUUAUGAAUGCCGUGUCCGAGGAGUCUGUGCAAAGUUGGACAGGUGAAUGAAUUGACAAACAAUCUAUACCGGGAGUCCAAGGUGUCGCCUGUCGAUGUGGAAUAAACUGUGACCGUAGAAUACAUUAACUGGCUGUCCGACGAUGUGCGCGUCAGGCUAACAACAGCUUGCACCUUCUCCAUAAUCUUCGGCUGACAAAGCUUUUUCCUAGAUCUACAGUCCGUCCAUUACUAUUCUGCAGCACAACACUGCAGUUCCCACAGAGCCCCAACAUCAUUUUGAUGCAAAGCGGAAUAUUGGUUUCUGCGCUUAAUCGGGAAUAAAAUUGGAAGAGCCUGAUAAUGUUUUCAAACUGUGCGCUCACGUGGACCAACUAGGAGUGCCAACUCGAGUAUUUCCAGUAUAUUCUGAUUCUCGAUGAUAAUUCACCCGGGUUAUUACGCAAUGUUUCCAGAAAUUAAUAUCAAGGUGGGGUUUAAAGAAUGUUAUUGCUUUGUUUUAUGUAGCUUAUUGGCUACAAAUUCAAUAUUGGCUUUUUUGCAUUUUGUUUUAGUUCACAGUACUGUAUCUGGAACCUCUAGGCACUCUUUCAUCGCUAACUUUGUCAUUGUACUGUAGUAAUUAAGUCUGAAAACAUUUUCCAGCGGGUUUCAGAAUCAGAUGUCAAUGCAUUGACAGAAUUACCUCCAUGGUUUCAUGGUCCCACUGACCUUCAUAUGGACUAACCCACUUUAAUCCCCAUGAUCUACAGCUUGGUGUGUUCAGGAAUGGAUCAUUGGCUUCCUGGGGUCUACUGGGUUACUGCAUUUAUGCAUUUAUGCAGUAUUGACUACAGCUGCAUAUGAACCACAUUUGAGAAUCAUCGCUUGUUCUAAAAAUAUAUUGUAAAUUAAUUAGGACGUUGGCCUUCAUAGAUUUCUAUAUGCAGAUGGUGUGUGUGUAGCACGUGUGUGUGUGCGUGUGCACACGUGUGAGUGCUGAGGCCAAGCAAAAUAAUGUGUGCCUAUGUGUAGGUAUGUGCACGAGUGUGUUCAUCUUCAGCUAGCGCAUAUUAUAUGACAUCCUUUUCUCGUCCAAUCCCCACAGACAGGGAGGCCCGAUGCCUACUCCCAGCAACACAAACUCCAGCCUGACUGCACACGCCUUGGGUCCAGCCGGGCCUACCCGCAGCAGCAGGUAAACCUUCUCCCUGGUCCUCCAGUAUACUGCUCUUGUCUGUGGGUGUGCGGGGGAAUGCGAUAACUUUGUCAUGAUCGGGUCGUGUGGGGGAGUACUAUGACUAGUGUGAGCUGAACUGUGGGGGAAUACUGAAUGACGGAACAGCCGAGCCCACACCUCUGAAAAGAAGGAGCGGGGUGGUUAUCAUCAGGUAGUCCCUGCUGAUUGUGGAUCCUGAGUUUUAAGAUUAAAAGUCCUUUGCUUAAUCCCAAAGGAUUCGAUGUUCAUAAUAACAGUGUGAAAACGUGCCGGCCGGGUACAGAGGUAACUGCCUUCAUUACCAUGUUGCUAUAUAUAGCUUUUUAUGAAUAAUUCAUCUGGCAGAUACUGCAGUAAAGCCCUGGAAAUUAAACAGUGCGUUCUAUUAAUAGAAACUCCCCUCUCAAUUUGGCAGCGCUGUUUCAGUUCAUAACAAUAAGGGCACGAGAGCCAUACUACUGUAACUACAGCACAGCUUUGCCAUUCAGUCAGAGGUGAUGCCCGGGGAUAACCUAGCCUUUUGGGCAGCUUUUGAGAGGAUGUGUUACAUAGAGUAAAGAGAAAGACUAGCAGCCUAUAAACAAGAGAGAGUGAAAGAAAAAAAAAAUAGAGAGAGAGACUCCAAGGCUUUUGUCCCUGCUUCACUCUCGCCCUUGCAGGUAACUCUACGCUCUGUGUGGGGGGCAGCACAGGCUACUUGCUGGCUCAUUACUGAAUCAGCAGGAAAACUAGAAACACCCACUGCCUCAAACCUCGUUAUGUAAUAACGCCUGUAUUAUCUCUAUAGAUUUAACCUAGAUUACCCUCUAAAUGUGGGUCCUUCUCUCUCUGCCUCCCUCUCUCGCUCUCUCUCCUUCUCUCUCUCUCUCUUUUUCUGGCUGUAGAACUGUGGCACGGGCAAAGGCACCCUGCCCAAGCUGGAUACUAAGCCCUUGGUUGUGAACAAUGCCAAGUACCAUCACCAGUCCGAAAGCAUCCUGCCCCACAUUACAAGCAAGGGCCCGCAGAACACCUGUGAUAUGCAUCUUUCAGGAACCAGGCACCAGGAAAGCUUCCAGGUGAGUCCUUGUUUCAAUUAGGCUAAUCUCUUGGUAUUAUGUACUUAGAGCCUAGUAUAUUUAAUCAAUGCAACAUUCCACUGAGAAAUUAUAACAGUGUCAAUAUUAGUGUUAGAUUGUUACCAUGCAAAACCUCUGCAACUAGUUAAUUUCCUGUAUGUUUUGUAAUUGACAGGAUGAGAGAUCACGGAGCUCCACAGUGGAGAGUCUGCCAGAGUCCAUAAACAGGAAGAACAAUCAGGAACAGGAGAGAAAUAUUGAGGGACACAAUCUGCCCAUGUCUCCUGCAGGUGUGCGUAGGCUAAUGGUAGGACUAGGUCUGGGUAGGAGUUGGAGAGUAGGGAAGCGUUGGUGGAAGGUGCUGGUGUUGGCGAUUAAUAUUGGCAAUUCUAAAUGAGAAAGAGUUUUCUGUCCCUUGGAUCUUAUUUCAUCAGGAAGAAACAAAUGCAAACUGGGAUUUGCUGACAGGAAUUUCCUUUCCUUCCUAUACAGAGGUCCUGAAGGCGUUCAAAGAUCGUAUGACUGUGUAUGAGCAAGAGGAGAUCAUGGACUAUUCCGAGGUCUGGUACCUGGGCCUGGACGCCAAGAAGAUUGAGGGCUCCCCCAGCCUGCCCCACAACUCUGGCUACGACGAUAAGAGAGGAAGCUAUCUGAAGGUAACAUAAAAAUGGUCACAAAGAUGGCAGUAAAGAAACUUUAAUGCCAUCUAGAGUUUCACUUUAUGCAGUAUUGCUUUACAGUAAAUUAUGCCCUUUUUUCUGCAGGUCGCGCAUGACCACAUAGGCUUCCGGUUUGAGGUGCUGAAGGUCAUCGGGAAAGGAUCCUUCGGACAGGUCCUUAAGUGCCUGGAUCACAAGACCAAUGAACUUGUCGCCAUCAAGGUCAUUCGCAACAAGAAAAGGUGACUAACGCAGCUAGCUAGCAUAUCGUAGCACAGCUGGGUUGUCAAAUACCAACCUUUCACUAAUAACAUGUUAUAACACUAUGACACAUGGUUAUAACACUGUUUCUCUGUUGUGAUUGGCUGCAGGUUACACCACCAGGCCAUGGUGGAGUUGUAUAUCCUGGAUGUGUUGAGAAGGAAGGACAGAGACAACCAACACAACGUCAUUCACAUGAAGGAGCACUUCUACUUCCGCAACCAUCUCUGCAUCUCCUUCGAGCUCCUGGGGUAGGAUUGACAGACAUAGCCACUGUAGGGCCAAAGAUUAGAUCAUAUUCAGAAAUACAAUAAUACCUUUUUGUUAUUUGUUGAUUUAGUUCAGGAGAGAAUACUUCUGCUGUAUUUCAUCAACAGGAGGUAAACAUGUAGUAUGAAGAUUAUUUGGGCAUCUAAAUCUAAAGGAUGUUUAUUUGUCUUUGACCGUGCAGAGUGAACCUGUACGAACUCAUCAAGAAGAACAACUUCCAGGGCUUCAGCCAGAUCCUGGUGCGUCGCUUCGCCUACUCCCUCCUCAAGUGCCUGCAGAUGCUGCACAAAGAGAAGAUCAUCCACUGUGACCUAAAACCGGUAUGACCCCUAGCCAUGACUUUUAACCCCUAACAACCUUAACAUUACAUAAUGAAAAGUGAAGUAUAUUUGCACACAUAUUCCUUGUUGGUUGAGUUUAAUGGUGCCAAUAGGAGAUGUAGAGAAUGUGCUUAUACUUGGGUGUUUAUUUUCCAGGAAAACAUUCUCCUGUCACACAAAGGCCAAGGCAACAUCAAGGUCAUUGACUUUGGAGCCAGCUGCUACGAGCAGCAUAGAGGUGAGUGUCUUAGUUUGUAGGUUUCCUAAUGUAAGGUUAGAUCAAGUAGGCAAACAGGGGCCACAAACUCAAACUCAUUAUAGCAUCACAGUAUCACAUUAUAGCAUACCUAAUUCCUGACACUCCUCCUCCACAGUUUACACCUACAUCCAGAGCCGCUUCUACCGCUCCCCAGAGGUGCUCCUGGGCCAUCCCUACAGCAUGGCCAUCGACAUGUGGAGCUUUGGCUGCAUCCUGGCUGAGCUCUACACUGGCUUCCCCCUCUUCCCGGGGGAAAGUGAGGUGGAGCAGAUUGCCUGCAUCAUGGAGGUACCUACCUAGUACCUUUGUUAAUGCUCUCGUUGUUAAUGGCUCUGUCAACAUUGUGGUUUGGCUAGCAACAAUGUAUUACUCACUGUGUGUUUUUGCCUGAUUUGUUCUCAGGUGCUGGGAAUGCCUCCAAAUGAUUUCUUGUUGACAGCGACCAGGAAAAGGCAAUUUUUUAGUACGUGUUUUUGAUCUAGUGCAGUCACAUGGUUUUCUCAUUGACUGUUCGAUUGAAAUUCUGUUUAACUGGAUACAGCCCUUAGCCGUGGUAUAUUGACCAUAUACCACAAACCCCAGAGGUACCUUAUUGCUAUUAUAAACUGGUUAUCAACAUAAAUUGAACAGUAAACAAGUAUGUUUAAGUCACACCCGUGGUAUAUUGUCCGAUAUACACAUGGCUGAAAUGCUGUUUCAGCCAAUCAGCAUCCAGGACCCAAACUACCCGGUUUACAAUUCUUAGUAAGAGAUCUUCUUGUUGAUUAAUCACUGGCUGUGAUUGUGCAGAUUCCAAGGGCAAUCCCAGGAACAUCACCAACAGCAAGGGUAGAAAGAGACAGCCAAACUCCAAGGAUCUGGCCAGUGUCCUGAAGACCAACGAUCCUCUCUUUCUGGACUUCAUCAAACGCUGUCUCACGUAUGUACUGUACACCUGUCAAUAACACAGCCAUAGAAUCAUCCAAUCUCAAAUAUAACUAAUACUAUAGAAUCAUGUUAAACUGUCAGGUGAAGCAAGCUCUCUUUUGCAUUAUUAUUUAUUUAGUUUAUUUACCCUUUACUCAUCCAGGUGAGGCCCAUUGAGAUUGAGAUCUAUUUUACAAGGAAGCCCAGUGUGUUGUUUUCUCUCUGGGAGAAUCUCAUUUGCAUUCUCCUUGCAUCCUCUCUUCUCUCUCCUCGCCUCUAUCUCAAAACCCAAUGGAGGAGAAGGUCAGAGGGGAGGGACUUCUGACUUUCUCAUCCAAUGGGUUUUGAGAAGGAGAGAGGACGCGAGUAGUAUGCAAUUGAGAUACUCCCUCUGACUGACUCUCUGCUCUCUUCUCUCUGUCAGGUGGGACCCUAAGAAGCGCAUGACGCCCGACGAGGCCAUGCAGCAUGAGUGGAUCCAGGAGGCCCGCUCCAACAAGUUUCGGUCCAAGACCCGCACCGUGAGAAGACCCAGCGAGAGCCUCAGCACCGUAGAGAACAACAACAACAACAAGAUAGAGCAGCAUAUUCCCCACAAACCAGCCCUCAUCAACAGGAUAGGUAAAAGCAGCAGUCAUCUACCAUACUACCACCAUCCCCUCUCAUAUGUAUGUGUUUACACUUUGAGAGUGGCAGAUUAACACAAAGACUAAAUUGACGCAACAUCUCUAUGAUUGACAUGAAGUAACAGGCAUCUUACUUUUCCAUCUCUGACGCAGUUGACAAGGCAUUCUCCAGCCCAUUCUCCAACGCUACAGACAGGCCCAAGAGAGAGAACUCUGUGAAGCUGGCGUCCGCCGAGUGCUUGCGUCCGAUCGGGGCUUCGGCCAGGGGUCAGAUGGGCGAGGGCAGGACCAAGAGCACCAGGGCUUAGCAGCAGCAAGCAGGAGGUACCCAGGGAGAGAUCAGUCCACAUCGUCAUCAGGACCCCACUGGAACACACUGCAGACGCAGACAGGGACAGUCUGGAGCACCAGCAGGGCCUGUCCCCCAUCACAUGA